AAAUAAACCCUAGCACUCUCUGUCUAUUCUUUUGCUUUCUCCCCACAACCAAAGAUUUACUCUCACCUCACUUUCAAUCCAAUCUCCUCUUUCAUCUUCUCCCAUCUUUCGAAUCUCACAAUCAGGAGGCCCCAAAAUUUGCAAUGGCUCAAGAUCGUAAGAGGCAGAGGCCGAACAUACUGAUCACCGGAACUCCGGGAACUGGCAAGACAACAACUUCAUCUGCUUUAGCAGACGCCGCUCAACUCCGUCAUGUCUCCAUCGGCGAUCUUGUGAAGGAGAAGAAUUUGCAUGAUGGCUGGGACGACGAACUUCAAUGCUAUGUUAUCAACGAAGAUUUGGUAUGCGAUGAGUUGGAGGAUUUGAUGGAAGAAGGUGGAGUCAUUGUGGACUAUCACGGUUGUGAUUUUUUUCCCGAGCGGUGGUUUGAUCGCGUUGUCGUUCUCCAAACUGAGAACUCCAUUUUGUAUGACCGAUUGACGAAGAGGGGAUACGAGGGAGCUAAGCUUUCGAACAAUAUUGAAUGUGAAAUCUUUCAGAUAUUACUUGAAGAGGCCAAAGAAAAUUAUGAAGAGAACAUAGUGGUGGCUCUAAGGAGUGACACUGUACAAGAUGUAGCUUCAAAUGUUGAAACCUUGGCCAAUUGGGUCAACAAUUGGCAACCUGUAAGCUAAAAACAGAUAAAGAAAACAAAGAAGAAGAGAUUACUUUUGGAGUGUUCAUCUGUUUUCUUGAUUCUAAUUUUAUGUAAAGUAAAAGAAAGUAGGCUUUGCUGCUUGUGAUGCAAUUGGUUUUCUAGCCUUAUCUUUGUAGUUGUAUAUCUCUCGAUUCUACAUUGUUGGAUUAUUAGAAAGUUGGGCCUUUUUUUUUAA